CACGCAUGUGGUAAGCCAAUUAUGGGGGAUAACAGUCUAUGACGUUCUAAGGACAGUUGAGAGUAUUUUUGUGAUUUUUUUUUAUUUCUCAGUCAUCAAAAAUGGUGUUUUUCUACACUGGAAUUUUGCUCAGUUUUUAUCGCAUGAUCAUAGAUUUUGUCAUUGUCCACUACACGGUAAAUAUGCGAAUCAAAUUGACUCACAGGACGAAACUGAUCGUCUUUAAUGUUGUUAUUGAAAGUAUGCUAGGUUGAUCUUUGCAUAAAUAGGGUUAGAGAGAAAACGUAAACAUGCGUCAGCAACAAACCGAUACUUUGUAUAAAUAAAUAAAAAAUCACAUAAUCUUUAUGACGUCAUGGAUCCGAAAUAUGCUCAGUAGUUUAACAGAAAAUGAAAGUGUAAAGUGCCAGCGAUGUAUAUUUUUUAAAAAAUGGAAUUUUUCCCUAAUUUUAGUUCUCCUCACUGCUUCAACGGUGAAGAAGGUAUUUAUUCUCUACAUAAAACAGAAUAAAAAUUACUUUUAGGUUCGCUAGUAAAAAUAAUCAAACCGAAUGGUUAAUAGCUUUGUAAAAUGAUUUUGAAAUUAAUAGGAAAACGCAAAGAAUCACAAAUGUUAUGAUUUCAUUUUUCUAUAAGCAAAAUAUUAACUUAAAAUAAAUUGCUUGUCAAAUUUUCUUACAAUCUGAAGUAUUUGAAUAUUGUGUCGCUAAUCUUAUAAAUCAACUUCGUUGCGCUUUUGUAAACACAGACAAUAAGGGUCCAGAUUUGCCAGAGCAGUUAUUAUUAUUUAUCCGUAGCAUAAACUUUUUCUGUCUCAAGUUUUUAAUUCAUCACAGUCUCUUUUUUGUUUUUAUGGCUGCAUGAAAGAAAUGGAAAUUCAUUUGGCGCAUAAAAAUAUGUUCUUUAGCCUACUUGUUAGUUUGAAAAAUAAAAUUUUCUGGGGGGGGUUUGUAUGUAAUUGCGCCCAUAACAAAUUGAAUAGUGAAUCUAAAAAUUACAAUCAUGAAAAACAUAAUUUAUUAAAAAAUACGCAAAGUACUCCAAUGUUUUAUCUAUGCACACGUUAGAAGUUUAAAAGGUUGUUAUGUGAUGCGUCUUAGUAUAACCAAAACAAAACUAUCUAGGAGACUUCUAAUAAAACAUUCCAGGAAGUGACAACACACGUGUUAUACGCUUUCACAAUAAAAAAGCCGACUCAUUAGCAUAUAAUGCAACUCCAAAAAAUCCUCCACCUAAGUGUGAUGUGCAGUGCAGUGAAGCUUAUAAACAUAUAUAUGGAGAGAGAGCUUCAUACAGUCAGAUUGUAUUAAGAUCAUUUAUCAAUUGUUAUAAACAGUUUUUUACACGACGCAUCAACAUCAAAUAGACAUUUGGUUAAAUUAUUAACUUUUAAUGUUCUUUGUGACAAGAUUUGUUUAUGCCAGGAAUUGAAACAGAUAAUAACUUUUUAUUUUUACCUUUAACACGAUUCUAUGACUGAAUAUGAAAUAGAACGUGUCGAAACAUGUAUUGAUUAAAAAAAAUGUUUAGUUUUUGAUAAAAUCUAACAGAAAUAUACAAUGCUCUCUUGAAAGAUGUGCCAUUUGAACACAAUUAUUUUAAAAUGUUUGGCGUUUUGAGGUGCGGUUGAUACUAAAACCAAAAUUUAGAACCCUGCAUGACUUAAAUAUUACGUGAGCAUAAAGCAACCACCAUAUUUUUUUUCCAAAUCCAAAGGAUUUUAUAGAGAAAUUGCUCUACCAAUAUUAAUUGUUAUGUUAAUUUUUAGCUUUAUUAUGAAUUCUUUGACUGAGAAAUAUGAAACACAAGACAAAAGUGAUAUUAAUGUCACAUGGAUCGCAUAGACUGUAUGUAUUUCUGACCUGAUCUAGAAUAAAUAAAAAAAUUAUAUACCUUAGCCAGUAAUAAGCAAUACUUUUUGAAUCUUCUGUUGUAAAUAUCGUCAAAAUUCUCAUCGAAUGAAACUUCAAUGGCUGCCCUGGAUAUUCUUUCGUUAGUUCCAUGUAUCGGAUUUGGUUCCAGCGCCAUUUUUAUAUUUCCACUAGUUUUGAAAUACGUAAAACACAACAAUAUUUUAAUAAUCUCUUCUAAACUUUUUCAAAUUAUUUUAAACAUUCGUGAACAAAACCAAAUAUUUGACUUUCAACACCUCAAACAAGGCUGGUUUUUAUAUACUAACGAUUAACUAAUAACAACAUAAACCGGUUUCCACUUGCAGUUGCUGUAUUUACAUUCCAAAUUGAUGAAAGACAACACUCAAAACUGUUUCGUGUGCAUAUAGAAAAAAAAAUUAAAUGUUUGUUUUUUCUAAUUUCCAUAACCACACCACAUAUCUGGGCGAAAUGCCAACAUUAUCUUGUCCAACCUUUUGAAUUUUUAGCGUUAACGUCUUAAAUUAUAGCUUUGACAAGCCAUUAAGUUAUUCUUAGAGGACAUAAUGCUAACUGACACAUUUCAGGCUAAUAAUCUGUACUUACGCGCAACGACAAAGUAGCAGGAUGUUUCUCAUUUUGUAACACGCAUUAAAAAUGUUCUCAUUUCAAUUUCCCUAGAUUGGCGAAAAAUUGUCCAGCUUUGUAGGAAAAGAAAAAAUCGAAUUCAUAAUUUGUUAGAAAGAGUAUAAAGGCGUUUAUAUUAUCCGAUGAUAACAGAGGUCGUUGGCUCAAAUUGAGGUAAGUUGGUUCGCUAAAUAGUAAUAACAAGACGUAUAAUAUACGUAAACUAGCUCGCCAACAAAGUUUGAUAGAAAGUUCCUCAAAAUUUCAAUUUUCGUUAGGUCAGUCUGGAGUAAACUGACUGACAGGAAGAAGAAAGACCACAAGCUCCACCUAAAAUUUUUGAAAUUCAGUAAUUCAGUAACCCCCCCCCAAAAAAAAAAAGAACAAAAAAAACAACAACAACAACAACAACAACAAACUGGAUAUAAGAAAGUCACUCAGUUAGAAAAAGCAAAAUAAAGAAAAAUAAUAUACGAUCUUAAUUGUUCGAAAAAGGAAAUAGCUUUAGUUAAAAAAACCAUAUUACUAGAAAAAAGAAAAAAUACAGCCUAUCAUUCAUAGUUGAAAGUUAACAUUUUGAUGUCACCAUCAUGUUCAGCAUGCUUUUUUUGUUAACUUUGUCAAAUUUUGUCGAAAAUAAAGUAAUUUUUUAUUUUCGGAACAAUUUUGACCUAAAAUGUCAUUUAAGUGACAAAAAGCAAAAUUUUGAUGUCACCAUCAUGUGCGGCGUAAUCUUUUUGGUAACUUUGUCAAAUUUUGUCGAAAAUAAAGUAGUUUUAAUUUUCGGAACAAUUUUGGCCUAAAAUGACAUUUAGGUGAAAAAAAUCAAUGUAAUGAGGAGCUUAUGACAACUCGUCAUGUUCGUCAAUAUUUUACAAUCAUAUCUCACAAGAGAAACAUGCGUAAUAAAGUUACAUCAGAAAUAAAACACUUUCGCAUACAUCGAACAACACACGUUUAUAAAAUAAGCUGUUUGGAAAGGAAAUUCGUGACGUGUUUCGUUAUAUUUUUUAUAAAUUUCUUCUCUGCACGUAUAAACCAGGUGUUAAAUUGAUACUCGUUUGUCUUUGUGAGUAAAAUGACCGUGUUUAUUUUCAUAUCACAAAAGCUGAGCUUAAAAUAACUUUUUAAUGAAAAUAAGUUAAAAAUAAACUUUUAAGUCAAUACUGAAUCAGCCCCAAGAACUUUAAGAUGUUGUAUUUCGAUUACUGUCAAAUCUCUGCUUUGUGUGUGUAGAGGAGAAGAAUCGUGAAGCAUGAAGACUGCGUUGCAUAAAAUCUUUUAAAUAUCUAAUAAGGAAAUACGUCCACAUCAAUGACGCCAUUGAAGUCUAACUCUUUAAACCAAUCAAACUGUUCUAUUACAUUUAUUAGCCAAUCAAAGUGUUAUAUGUGCACAGAAUACAGCUUACAGUUUCAUAAUAUUUGUUUUCAAUGUAAAUAAUAAACUGAGAAAAAAUAUUUAAAAUCUUGGCUGAACACGAACUUUUUUGUCAUGUGGAAAUUUGAUCAUUCCAAAUGGUCAAGCCAUGAGCUUACUUGAUUACAAAGACUUUGCACAGAAGACCAGCAAACAUAAAAAUGAUAUUGACAAUUGAGGCUUAUCGUUUGUGGUUUUAAAACAGAUGCAUUUAUGCACCAAUAACAGAUUUGUUUGUUAAAACAACAUUUGUGCACACUUUCAGGCUCACAAUAAUCAAAUUCUAAGAAUAUUGUUUAGCCUUGAAUAACCCUUUUCCGUUUGAAAUAGACUCGAAAUAAUGCUUGACUGAGUAACUUUGACAUGAUUUUAUGGAUGCAUAUCUUUAUGUAUCCACAACCUUGAGGACACUUGUUAUCGUCGUUGUCAUGUACAUUAACAACGUAACUUUUGGGGAAAAAUGUUUCCGUAGAAAAACUUUCGGAUACUAUUUUUUAUUUUAGCUGAAAAAUUUCGGACAAGAUUUAUAAAGUCAAAAAAUGUAUGGGUAAGUCUUUUGAGCGAAUUUUAACCAAAUUUUGAAACUAAUGAUUAAGGGAAAUGACAGAAGAAGAAGGCUAAAAGCAUUUAUAGUGUACAUAUAUCUAAUUAAGAUCUAAAAAAGGGUCUCCAGGAUCCAAUUUUAUAGAUAGAGCCUAAGACAAAUGUGAAAGUAACGAAAAUAAUAAGUUGAAAAACUACAGUUUUUAUUGAUUUUUUGAAUACGCUAUAUAUAAUUUCUAUGCACUGUUCCUUUUUUCAAAGAAUUAGAAAUUUCAAAAUAUGUGUAAAGUUACAAUUUGCAAUUAUGUAUUACAUAGUCAUAAGAAAAAAAGAUAGAUCUCAUCAAUGUUAUUACGAAGUACAGAGAGAUAGACCAAUCUCUAAGAGAUCGCAAUCAAAGUCGCAAAUUCUAUAUAUGUGAAAGACACUUCACGGAGGACGACUAUUAUGUGUAUCCAACACGAAAAGCAUUGAAAGAAGGAGCUUUACCAACGCUGAACCUUCCUGAAAAAAGUGUGAGCUCUAGCAGUACCUUCACAUCAUCCAUCAGAUCUCCAACAUCAAUUCAGAAACGUCAAGAAUUUAUGGUUUUACAACAGUUAUCUCCUCCUAAUUCUCCACCCAUGUCUGUAUAUAAAGAUUUUUUUGACUUCACACAUCGAAUCAAAAAAUUAUCUUUGGCUAGUUGCUGGAAUAUCAAAUGUGAAGAAGAUGUUAUUACUGUAACUUGUACCUCUGAUUGUCAUGUAUUACUGAAGUAUGAAAUUUUUAUUGAUACAUCACUAUCAUAUUCUCUAAGAGUUUAUGGUUGGAUGUUACCUGAACAGCGUCAAUUUUAUUUAUCGAAUGACCGGUCAUUUCAUAAUGUCACCCUGUCAAACCUUAUUGCUGAGCUGAAUAGUUACAACAUAUGUCAUGGUAUUGAAACACCAGAUCCUGACAAAGAAGUAAACUUUCAGAAACAUGUUGUCCCAAAACAUUUUGAAUAUAACAUUUAUCAGAUUGGAACAAGAUUUGGCCAGAAUGAAAAGUGCAUUGGAAAAAGAAAGUCAGUCAAUUAGUAAUGAAUUGAAUAAUGACUUUAAAACAUUAUUUUCUGGUGUUGACAAAAAAGAUGUUCCUGAUUUUAUGAAAUUGUUUUGGGAGAAACAACAAAAUUAUGUUAAUUCCUCGUGUGCUAGUAGUGUUCGUUAUCAUCCCAUGGUAAUAAAAUAUUGUCUUAACUUAGCCGCAAAGUCAUCUUCUGUUUAUAAUGACCUGCGAUAUGAUGCGAAAACUGGCUCUGGGAUUUUAGUUCUACCAAGUUUACGUACACUUCGAGAUUAUAAGAAUUACAUUAGACCAACACGUGGUUUCAAUUCUGCUAUAAUUCAAGAGUUAGCACAAAAAACUGGUAAUUUUACUGAUCCUGAGAGAUAUAUUUUACUUUUAUUUGAUGAAAUGAAGAUCCAGGAAGAUUUAGUGUGGGAUAAACAUACCGGUGAACUUAUAGGUUUUGUUGACCUAGGGAUAUACAUACUAACUUUGUACAUCUCAUGUAUUGGUAUUUCUUGUCAAAAGUAUUGUCAACCCAUUGUCUUAUAGUACAUUUGCAACAACUGGAGCAACAUCUGCCCAAAUAAUGCCAAUAUUUUGGAGAGCUGUAUACCUUGAAGGUAUAAAUUUGAAAGUCAUUGCUGCUACUGCUUACGGUGCUUCAUAUAACCGUAAAUGUUUUAGAAUGCACAAGAAUUUAACUAGAAACACCGGAAAAGAUGUCGUUUAUCGUACAAAAAAUGUUUUUAGCAAGGGGGAAUGUUUCAUUUACUUUUUUGCAGACACACCACAUCUUAUCAAAACAACUAGAAACUGUCUUUCAAAUUCUGGUUCAGGUAGAGCAACAAGAUUCAUGUGGAAUAAUGGAUGUUUUAUUCUUUGGUCACACAUUUCAAAUUUGUAUUAUGAAGAUUUGGAAAGUGGUUUGAAGUUGGUGCCAAAAUUGAAAGGUGAUCAUGUCAAUCUUACACCAUAUUCUGUCAUGAGAGUCCGACUUGCAGCCCAAGUAUUGAGUGAAACUGUUGGAAAUGUUUUGAACCAAUUUGGUCCAGCUGAAGCCUCUGGCACUGCAGAAUUUUGUUUGAAAAUGGAUAAGUUCUUUGAUUGUUUAAAUGUUAAAAAUACAACAGAGCAUGCAUUGAAACGGAAACCAUUUUUACGACCAUAUGAAUCGGUAGAUGAUGAGAGAUUUGCUUGGGUGGAGAGUUUUUUGUCGUACUUCGAGCAAUGGAAGGAAUCUAUCGAGACCAGACCUGGUAAUUUUUCGGAUCAAGCCAAAUCUAAUAUGUUCAUCUCAUGGCAAACAUAUGAAGGUCUACGGAUAACAGUGAAUUCACUGAUUGAAGUAGUGAAGUUUUUACUACAACACGGAAUCAGGCAGCUAGAUUGUGAUGCAGUGUACAUAGGCGAAACAAAAAGAAAGUUUAAGCAACGAGUAAGAACAUAUGCGCGCAGUGAGAAACGGAGAUGUGAAGAAAAACGAAAUUGCUGACCACAGCUGGAGCAGAAGUCAUCAGUUUAAUUGGAAUGAGAAGAAAAUCAUUGACAGAGAAUCCAGAACAACGGCCAGGAAGAUUAAAGAAACCAUCAACAGUGUAGCACGUAACAAACAAACACAUAAGCAGCAUCUCGUAUCAACUUCCUGAGAUUUGGUUACCAGCCCUACAGAAGAAGUAGUUACCUAUCUAGGUCCGAAAAUGUUAAUUACCGUAAUUAACUGUAAUUAUCAGCUCGUUUCUGAUUGGUUACUUUUUAUGAAUUUCGAUCCUCUGCAAUUAUAUAAAUACAUCCUUAACAUCAUUCUAUACAUUUUCUUCAUCAGCGUUUCAAGAGCUAUACGAUGAAGGAAAUAGGUAUACAAAUUUAUAAAAAUAUUUUUCGAUCUUGAUGAGGCCAUUGCUGACGUCAGCAAAAUUUUUAAACCUCUCCUUAUAUCGCAUUAACCGCUCAUAUCAAAAGAACAAGAUCAUACACAUUUUCUUGAUCAGCGCUUUAAUCUCUACACAAUAGAUCCAAUGUGAAAACAAAAAUUCUAAAUUAUUAAUGGUAGGUUGCUGACGUCAUCAAAAUUUUUAUCCUGCCUCAGUGGAUUUUUCCACGGGUCUUAUCGACUAGUCUAUAUAAUAAUACGCCAGUUCUGUGUCUCUGUAACAGGCAAAGUGGAUAUGUCCAUUUUCCUUUGAUCUUACCGAAAUUUUCUUUAAAGUAACCGAAAAAUGCAUGUCUAAUAUGUUAAAUUUUCUGACGUUACGGUGCGACGUCAAUAACACUACUUUAACGUCAAUAUCCUAUAUUAAAUUAAUGAAGCCGUUACAGUGCACUUAAAACUUUGAGGCCAAAUAACUUGGAAACAAGGUGGUGACGUCAAUGAUUUUUCACCGUGUAGAUAACUAGGGACCACCUGGGACCAAUUUGGGUAAGUUUCCCAAACCUGGGUUCCCGAAUCCGUUUCGGAAUGAACAGGUUGAUGAUGUCAUCAAAA